AUGGAUUCGCAGUCCCGCUGCGUGGUGGUGACGGGUUUUGGGCCCUUCCGGCAGCACCUGGUGAAUUCCAGUUGGGAAGCGGUGAAGGAACUCUCCAAGCUGGGUUUAGGGGUGGACACUGACAUAGAACUUCGAACUCUGCAGCUGCCUGUGGAUUACAGGGAGGUAAAACAGAGGCUCACCACAAUCUGGGAAGAUUUUCAACCACAACUUGCUGUGCAUGUGGGCGUGGACACUUCCAGCAAGGCCAUCUUUCUGGAACAGUGUGGUAAGAACAGAGGCUAUCGGGAUUCAGAUGUAAGAGGCUUCCAGCCCGAGGAUGGAGUGUGCCUCCCAGGUGGCCCCGAAGUGAUGCUGUCUGUUGUCAACAUGAAGGAGGUCUGCCGGCGUGUUGCUCUUAAGGGUGUCGAAGUGUCCUUUUCCCGAGAUGCGGGCAGGUACCUCUGCGAUUACACCUACUACCUGUCUCUGCACCUUGGAAUGGGGCAUGCGGCGCUUAUCCAUGUCCCUCCUCUGUCGCACUGGCUCUCAGCCAGCCUUCUGGGCAAAGCCUUGCAAGUCAUCAUCCAAGAAAUGCUGGAAGAAAGUGGGGAAGUCCAGACUCAAAGUACAGCCGCUUAAGGGAAGCAGCAGGGGGAGAUGCCUUCUUUAGAUGGAAUGUUUCAGGCUUGGGUGGAGA